GCGUUGCGUAAAUGUGCGUCACACUGCUUGGGCAACACGAUAACCAGGAAGUUGUUUACUGCCGACGGGCGGACUCCGACUCUAACGAUCAAGUCAGCUGCUACUCAGCGAGUUCCUGUUGACGAGGGAUUAUUUGGAGUCGGUGUGAAUAAUGGCGAUCCGCGAAGUUUGCGUCCUGCUCCUGCCCCUUCUCGCCCUCACAUACGCGGAGCAUGUGAAAUUUGUGGAUUGUGGUUCAGCAGUGGGUCGUGUGACUCUGGUGGAUAUCCACCCGUGUCCUAAACAGCCAUGCCAGCUGCACAAGGGCCAGUCCUACGCUGUCAACGUCACCUUUAACAGCGAGGUGGCGAGUGAGACGAGCAAGGCGGUGGUGCACGGGGUGAUUGCGGGCGUGCCCAUCCCCUUCCCCAUACCCAUAGAGGACGGCUGCCAGUGCGGCAUCUCCUGCCCCAUCCAGAAGCAGGCGUCCUAUCACUACGUCAACCAGCUGCCCGUCAAGACCGAAUACCCCAGCCUCAAGCUGGUGGUGGAGUGGGAGCUGCGUGACGAUAACAACAAGGACCUGUUCUGCAUCAAGUUCCCCGUGCAGAUCGUCAGCUGAAGAACGGUUCUGCUCGGAGGGUUUGGGCCAAGCUGAGGAUCCCGCGCCGUCUGGGAGACUGAAGGGCUCGCUGUUUUGUAUGAUCAGAUAUUUUAAAAUUUCAAUUCCUAAUUUUUAUUUUUCACUUGUAGAUUUUAACAGAUUCCUUGUUUACAUUGUGUUGAAUAUUAUUGUGAUAUAACUGAUGACGUAUUACUGAACUGCACACACUCUUGCUGCCAAUCUGGAGUGCUUGGUCCUCAGCGACGUGUGCUUGAUCCCCAGUGGUGUGUGUGUGUGUGUGUGUGUGUGUGUGUCAGGCGUCUUUGUUGGAAUCAAUGCCCUCUCGUUCUCUGGUCCGUUGGUCCUAAAUUGUAAUGUUCCCACUGGCUAUAUGGUUUGUUUGUUUGUUUGUUUGUUUGUUUGUUUGUCUGACUGCUGUGUAGUCGGUCUCAUCACAAGGACGUGUGUCUGAAAACUCGCCACUUUGUUUUAAUUACGGCUUUUUACUUCCAUUUAAUAAAGAAUUCUACUACUUUUGAA